AUUCGAUUUUUGGACACUUUAAUUAUGUUUCCAAAUGAGGGCGUGACAAAAAUGUAAAAAUAUAGGCAAAGAACGCUACUAAAGCAAAUAUGAAUGGAGGUGCACUGAAGAAAAGGUAUAUCUUGAUUAGAUGGAAUGAGAAAAUUUACAGAUUAAUACUUAAUCGCAUAUUUAUGAUACAGAGCUAUAGUCUUUGUACAAUUUUGAUUAUAACUCUGUUAAUUUAAAACAGAAGUACGAUAAAUUUAGUGAGUUACCAAUUGAACAUAGCAAAGCGGAAUAAUAUAUCUUCUCAAUUACCCUUGAAUUACUGUGUGUAUAUUUUUCCCAUUUAAAAAUUAUUGAUUUCCGAUUUGUCAAAUUUCUGUUUAAGCCUGAGCAUCACAGUAGGCAUUGAUGGCCGACUUUAUAAUAAUUUAUUAGCAGAUGCCAAGCUAAUAGGAACUUACUUUAGUAUGCUUGAAGGAGAAAUUUAAUAUUUAAAUAUCAGUCAUUGAACGAAUAACUGCAGUAGUGCCAGCAUAUCCGCAACAUAUGUUUCCAAAAUUGAUCCAAGUCAUAACUGUUGUUUCAUUUAGGUGGAGGCAGUAUUUAUUCAUAUAUUGUUUUCAAAGUGGCGGUUUGCAACGACACAGCGAGAGCAUUUUUAAUAUUAAAAUCAAACAGCCUAUAAGUACUAAUCAUAUUGAGUUUCAUUAUAAUUCCUUGAACAGGCUGAUGGUUUAUUUGACAAUAACCUUUCUCUUAUUUGGAGUUCCUGCAAUAAUUUACGCAGCGCAAGAUAAAACCAAGAACAGUCAUGAUAUGCUCGGAGAGUGGCACGACUUUUGGGUGCUGAAAUUAAUUAUGAAUUUAGUUGGAUAUUCAAGCAUUGUUCUUCCAGGAUGUAUUCUUAUAUACUAUUUAAAAAAGACUAAUUAUAUUGAGAGAGGAAAUAAUAAAUUUCUCAUUCAUUUUGUUCGCUCGUUCAUUUAUGGACAAGAGCAAUCAAUAGAGGAAAGUACCAGAGCUCAAGAACAACUUAAAAAAACCUCCUUUGGCAGAAAGGCUUUUUGGAUUAUUAUUUGUGCAACGGGGUUGCAAUUGUCUUAUUUAUCUUGGGGUCUUUUACAAGAAAGAAUUAUGGCCUAUAAAUAUGGAGAAACAGUAGAUUUUAAAGGGGAAAACUUUAAAAAUUCUCAAUUUUUGGUGUUUAUGAAUAGAAUAUUUGCAUUUGUAACUGCUUGCUUAGUUUGUAUUGUAAGAAAACAGCCAAGACAUUUAGCACCAAUCUAUAAAUACUCCUAUGCAUCUUUUUCUAACAUAAUGAGUUCAUGGUUUCAAUACGAAGCUUUAAAAUAUGUAAGUUUUCCAAUGCAAGUUAUGACUAAAGCUUCAAAAAUAAUACCAGUUAUGGCUAUGAGCAAGAUCGUUUCCAACAAAACUUACAAGCUACAUGAAUAUAUAUUAGCUCUUUUUAUAUCCAUUGGAUUAUUUCUCUUUAUAUUUGCAACUAAAGAUGCCGUAAAGGGAUAUUCGUCCACAACCACUUUUGCAGGGGUUGUACUCUUGCUGGGUUAUGUUAUUUUUGACUCAUUUACAUCAAAUUGGCAGUCGAAACUGUUCAAAACCCACAAAAUGUCUUCUGUACAAAUGAUGGCUUGCGUUAAUCUAUUUAGUGUCAUAUUUACAUCUGUAACGUUGCUGGAACAAGGAGGAUUUACAGAAGCAGCAUCUUUUAUGUUUCGUUACGAAGUUUUUGCAUUUCACGUUCUUUUAUUAGGUGUUUGUGGAGCUGUUGGACAAUUAUUUAUAUUUAAAACGAUUGAUGAAUUUGGACCAGUUGUAUUUACUUUAAUAAUGACCAUACGUCUAGCCUUAUCCAUUUUAUUAUCAAGCCUAUUUUACGGCCAUCCAAUUACUCCUAUUGGAUCAUUGGGAAUUGUUAUAGUUUUCUUUUCAAUAUUUGUAAAUGUUUAUAUCAACCAAAAAAAGAAAAUAGAGAACAAAGCCGAAUCUGAGAACAUAACUAAGACUUAGAAUAUAGCCAAAAUUAAAUUCUUAAUGUUUUAAAUUAAGUUUUGUUGAAUUGAUAAGAAAAAUCUCUGAUUAUUUAUUUAAAUAACUUUAUGUUGUUUUUGUUGUUUUUUUUUGUUUUUUCUUUUUUUUUCUUUUUUUUUGAAUCUCCUACAGCAAAAAAAUUUAUUUUGGAGGAAAAAGAGAAGAUAAAGAUCUAGGAUAUGAAAUUAUUUUUGAAAAAAAUGAAAUAUUCACCUAUAUAUUUGUAUAACACAAUUUUUAGAUACUAUAAAGAAUAAAGCCUGAAUUAAAGAGAUAUGUUCUUAUGUUGAGUUUUAAAUUGAAAAGGAAAUCAUGUAAACUUUAAAUAUUUCAAUGAAAAAAUAAUGGGGCAUUAUAACUGCAGCAGUGAUUGUGGUGGUGGCGGUUAGUUGGUUGGUUGGUUUUAAUUGUGGUUAAGCGUAGAAGUGAUAUAGAUUGUAAAAAGAAAAAAAAAUUACAACUACUCAAUAUAGCUGCUUAGACAAAAAGAAAACAAUAUAUCAAACAGUCAAGUUGACGACCUUUUUAUGUCUUGACUUCUUUUUUUAAGUACAGCUUAGCUAAAGCAAAUGACUAAAAUGUUUUUUCUUUUUUUGUUUAAUGAACUGAGUUAUGUAAAUAUAUUCGUUUAUGCAAACUCAAAAAAUCAGUUUGUCUCUAUAUACUUAAACAAAUCAAAAAUAAAACUAUUUAAAACUUUU